AUGCAAACCAAACCCGUUUUGUUUUGCCCGGAUUGCCACAAAUAUCCAAAACUCUUAUCAAACACCAUGAGUGCGUUCCCGAACGGUUCCAAUUCUAACCUGGACAACCUGCUCCUUCAAACCAUGAUGGGCAGGCUCCAGCUGCGGGCUCCGAUCAACAACCCCUUGGUCACGCAGUCCCUCGAGGACUUCCUAUUCAACGACCUCGACGAGGACGACGCGGAGGAGGAGACCUUCGAAGGGAAGUCGGAGCUGGCCAGAGAGGAGGCCAAGCUGGAGAAGGAAGUGAUCAAAAUCAUACUCAGUGGCAACGGCGAAUCCCUCUUGAAACCCAAUUCGGGCCAGGCGGUGUCGGUUCGCGACCACCACAUAUGCGUCGGGUUUCAAGACGAAGAGGCUUCUGGGUAUCGCGUGUGGGAGUGGCACGGCCACAUCAUGGCCUUCGACGAGGAGUUCGGUUAUAAUCCUGAGUAUAUAUACGGUAAUUACUUUCAGUGGUUUAAGCCUAGACCUGGUGGUGCUUCUGCUGCUGUUGUUGAUCCUGUUGUCAAGAAAGAGGAGGAAGAGGAGGAGGAGGAGGAGAGACAGGAGAACCAGGGUUUGAGAGAGUUGAUUGAUACCAAGGAUUCCGCCGAUGCACGCAUUCUUCACAGGAACAUCAACGCCGCUUCUCCUAGGUUUGUCUGCAUAAUCCGUUUCCUUAUUCUUUUCAUUCAAAUAUUAUUCAAGUAG